AUGAACAACUCCGACACUUCUCCAGGGGCAUCCACCCCACACACCUCUCCAAAUUCCACUAUAGCCAUCCCUACAGGCUCCUCCUCCUCAAAGACAAACACAAUCAGCAUAGGUCCCAACCGUCGACAUACACAACAAGACAGUAGCACAAGUCCCUACGACUCCGACAUGGACCUUGCUGUCCACGGUCUACACAUAGUCGACUCGUCCCAUCUCUAUCCCGGGUACAAGCCAAGACAAAGGAACGCUGCCCCCCACUACUUCCAUCACGGAUCAGCAGAUAAGAUGUCGUCAACAACAACAACACCAUCCCCACCACGAUCUCAAUAUCGACCUCCUCUUUCUUCGAUGAACAAUUCGUCACAUUCAAAUUCUUCCUCCCCCUCUGAGAAAGUCCCCAGGAAAUGGGGGGUUAGGUCUUACCCGAGUUUGAAGCAACGGGUACGUGAGGAACGGGAUGUACGGGAUGUACGGAGAUCCACAAAGGAGGGAAGAACGAAAGAUGCUCGGCUUCAAAUUGGGAGUGGGAGGGGAUACAAUCAUGAUGAAGAUGAUAGAGAUAUUGAGAUGGUGGACAUGGAUGUAUCGUCGGGUAGUGGGAGCCAUAACUGGAAGGAUGCACGUGAAUUUGAGAGGGGAUACGAUGGGGAUACCGAGAUGGGGGAUGUACCGCCGCCGCCACCGCCGCCGCCGUCGUCAUCGCAUGAGGUAAAGGGGGCAAAGGAGGCAAAGGGGGCAAGUUGUUCUGGAAGUAAUGGAAGUAAGGGUGGUUGUCAUGGGAGGAGGAGGGUGAGUGAAAUGCCGGUGAAGUACGUGCAGACAGAGGGGGGGAAUACAGACAAGAGUACUACCUCUACAGGUAGUAAAAAGAGGGCGAGAUGCAGUGAUCAAAUGGAUGAAGAAGAGGAAAAGGUAGAACAUAAGCGGAUGAGGAGCUCGUGUGAGUCUCGUCAGUGACGGGGAGAUGAGUUGCUUGAUUAAGGUAUGGACAGAUAGCCUGGGUAUAAG